UUAUUUGGUCACAAUUUCAAAAUCCAUUUUUUACCUGUUUUCAACAGUACAUAUUUUCUUUUAUAGCAUAUCGGAGUUAUCCCUAGAUUCAACCCUCCAUGCCAUCAAUCUGCACUGCAACAACAUCUCCAAGAUCGAAGCCAUUGAUCAUGUUUGGAAUCUACAGCAUUUAGAUCUGUCAUCGAAUCAAAUAAGUCAAAUCGAAGGGCUGAGCACACUGACCAAGCUGCGCACUUUAAAUUUGUCUUGCAACCUGAUCACAAGAAUAGAAGGACUUGAGGCACUGAUUAAUCUGACUAGACUGAAUUUAUCGUAUAACCACAUAAACGAUCUCAGUGGUCUGAUGGCCCUUCAUGGAAUCAAACAUAAGCUCCGGUACGUCGACCUGCACAGCAACUGCAUAGACAGCAUCCACCACUUACUGCAGUGCGUGGUGGGCCUGCACUUCCUGACCCACCUGGCCCUGGAGAAGGACGGCGAGGACAACCCUGUGUGCCGCAUGCCAGGGUACCAGGCUGUGAUGUUGCAGACCCUGCCCCAGCUCCGAGUCUUGGACGGCAAGAACAUAUUUGGUGAGCCAGUCGAUCUGUCUCAGAUGAAUUCCUCAAGUGUGCAGUGCUUCGAAGGCCUUUUGGAUAAUUUAGUCUCGUCUGAUUGUCCCCUAACUAUAAGUGAAGAUGAGAUCAUUGACGGCAUGCCGAUGGUGACAGCCCCCAUGGGUGACAUGGGUGACAACGUGGCCCCCCUGGACCAGUUCUCAAGCACACCAACCGACACUGGGCUGCCUGCCUUCAUGUCCAUGUGCCCGUCUCCUGAGCCAGAGAAGGCUAAUCAUGACGGCGAUUUUCAGAAUGAGAUGAAGCUUCAGAAAUUAGAUGAUCAGUUUUUACAGCUUCUCAACGAAACUUCUAGUUCUUUAAUAGAUAAUGUUCCCGAGAAAGACGUGAGACCGAAGAGAGACACAGAUGUGACUUCUGAGAGUGACUAUGGAAACAGAAAAGGAUGUAAUAGAAAAAUUCCUCGAAGAUCAAAAAUCCCAUAUUACUCCAAAACAAUCCAGACUAUUAGGCACCACAACAAAAACAACAACCCUUUCACAAGUUAUAAUUAUAAAGUGAAACAGCCUUUCUUUAAAGGCUUGUAUAUGAGAUCAUCUCUCGUGAGCUGUAACCAACUGGAGGAGACUGAGGAGCCGAAGACUGAGCUGAUUCAAGUGGGCAGCAGUUGCUUAGAAGACAACACCUACCGGAGACUUGUCACACAGCUCGACCAGGAGAGGGAGAAAAGGUGGAAAGCUGAGCAAGCUGAAAAGAAGCUCGUGGAUUAUAUCAGUGAGCUGCAUAAACACGCAAAGGAGAAAAAAGACAUCCACAGCCUGGCCCUGCUCACCACGGACAGGUUAAAGGAAAUUAUUUUUAAAGAGAGAAAUUCCAAAGUCCAACUUGAAAUUAUGGUACACAGGCUUCAAAAUGAAAUUAAAAAACUAACUAUUGAGUUAAUUAAAGCAAGAGAUCAGCAAGAAGAUCACAUCCGACACCUGAGAUCCCUGGAGAGAGCGUUAGAGAAAAUGGAGCAGCAGAAAGGGCAGCAGCAGGCGGCACAGAUGCGGCUUAUUGAAGAGGUGGAGCUCAAAGCAGCCGCUGCCGACCAGGAAAUAACUCUCCUGCGCACCUCCCUGCUCCAAGAGAAGGAGCAGGUGCAGCAGCUUCAUGACCUCCUCACGCUGAAGGAGCAAGAGCACAGGAAAGAACUUGAAACAAGGGAAUUUUUCAGUGAUGCUGAGUUCCAGGAAGCCGUAGCCAAGGAGGUGGCUAAGGAGGAGGCAAAGCACGAGCAGGAGAUCAAAGCAUACCAGGGAAAAAUCGAUGCCUUGAACCAGCAGUACCUGGACUUGGAAAACGAGUUUCGAAUUGCUUUAACUCUCGAAGCCAGGAGAUUUAAAGAUGUUAAAGAUGGUUUUGAAAGUGUUGCAACUGAGUUAGCAAAGAGCAAGCAUGCUCUUGUUUGGGCUCAACGGAAAGAAAACGAGUCUUCCUCUUUAAUUAAAGAUCUGACCUCCAUGGUGAAGGAGCAAAAGGCAAAGCUGGCGGAAGUCUCCAAACUGAAACACGAAACAGCGACGAACCUGCAGAAUCAGAUCAGCACCCUGGAGCUCUUGAUCGAAGACGACAAGCAGAAGAGCAUCCAGAUCGAGCUGCUCAAGCAUGAAAAGGUCCAGCUGAUUUCUGAGCUUGCAGCCAAGGAGUCGCUGAUUUACGGGCUGAGGACAGAGAGAAGAAUGUGGGGACAUGAGCUGGCACAACAGGGAUCCUGCCUGGCCCAGGACCGCGGGAAGCUGGAGGCGCAGGUGGAAAGCUUAUGCCGAGAAAACGAGUCUCUCCGGGAAGCACGUGAGCAGGACAGUGACGCACUGCGGAUUAAGUGCAAGGUCAUAGAGGACCAAACUGAGACCAUCGGGAAGCUGAAAGUUUGUUUACAGGAAAAAGAGGAACACAUCAAAAUACUACAAGAGAAUGUCUCUGAAAUACAGAAGUGCACCCAGGAACAACUCGAGGAAAAGUCCUCGCAACUGGAUGACAUAAUCGAGAAGCUAGAAAGACACAAUGAAAGAAAAGCAAAACUAAAGCAGCAGCUGCAAGCAAAGGAAUUAGAACUUGAGGAUAUUAGGAAAGCUUACAGCACCCUUAACCAAAAAUGGCACGAUAAAGGGGAGCUCCUCUCUAACCUCGAAACACAAGUGAAAGAAGCUAAGGAGAAGUUUGAGAACAAGGAAAGGAAACUGAAAGCGGAAAGAGACAAAAGUAUUGAACUUCAAAAGGAUGCUAUGGAAAAGCUCUCUUGUAUGGAUGAUGCCUUUAAAAAACAAGUGGAGGCGAUUGUAGAAGCUCAUCACGCUGAAAUAGUACAGCUGGAAAAUGAAAAGCAGAAAUGUAUUGAUUCUGCAAAUAUAAAGGUUCACCAAGUUGAAGAAGAAAUGCGCGGACUUCUGCAAGAAAACUGCAAGAACAAAAGAGCAAUGGAAGCCAAAAUUAAGCAACUUGCUUUUGCUCUAAACGAAAUCCAGCAAGACUUGUGAUGUUUCUGAGAACGAAUUCAAUUGAAACGGACCAGCACACCUAUUGUAAAAAUGAUUAAAUAUUGUAACAGUAGUAACUGCUAUGACUUUGAAAUGUCUCUUUCUACACAUUUCAUUCUGAUUAUAUUUUAAGACUUUUGAAAAAGUACUUAAUUGUAUAUGUAGAUUUUUAUAAUAAAUUUUUGAUAAUUAUGUGUAUUAGAAAAACUGAUCAAAAUCACUAGACUUAAGACACUUUUUUGUUGUGCUAUGCAUUCUUUGGUAAUGACACAUUUGCCUAUAAAUAUGUAAGUGAAAAUUAAGAUUAGCCUUUGACUAUAUUAGGAAAAGUAUUUUAAUGGUUUUUGUUGCCUUAUUGUGUUGAUGAAGAACUAAUUAUAUUUAUUGGUUGUCAUUUA